GUCCCUAAAAAAUUCACCACCACAGUCACAAACCCAUUUGCGAUCUUCACCGCAGGAACUCGAAGCUUUUCGGGGUAACAAUCAAUGGAGUUCUCCGACCACCAGCCAUCAUCUUCCCACCACCCUCCUCCUCCUUCUUCUUCCUUUCUCAAAGACAUUUCGAACUUCAAGACCCCGAGCCGGCCCCCGCGCAACCCGGGUUUCCAAUCCCCGAACCCGCAAUUCUUCACCGCCUCCAAGCAGACCCCUCUCCCUCUCUCCCUCUCCACCGCCCGCCGCGCUGCCGCGGGCGGCCGCCCCUCGCGCUCGAGGCGGAAACAAUCCGCCUCGUCGGCCGCGGCGAGCCGCAGGCUCAAGGCGUUCGAGCUUGAGCAGUCGCGGUCGUCGCGCAAGGCCCAGUUGAGGAAGGAGCAGAAUCUAAGGGCGCUGGCGAAGUCCCUCACUGCUUGGCUCGAUUUCUUGUUCCGGAACCCCAGGUCGUGCGGGUGCGAUUUGUCGGUGGGCUUGGAUGGGCGUGGCGAUGAGGGGAAUGCGGUGACGGGGAAGAGGGGGAGCUGGCCAAAGGUCGGGGUAGGGUUCGAUCCUGCAGUGCCGAGCCCGAAGAGGAUGAGGGACUUGCGGUGGCGGAAUGAGGAGGAUGGCGGUGGGAUCUCGGAGGGGUUCUCGAAUUUGAAGUUCGAUAGAUUGAGGGAUUCGUUGGAGCACGUUUGCAGUUUCGAUGAUCUGAAGGAGAGGAUGCUGGUUUAUUUAAACUUGGCUUGUUGCAAAGAGAUUUUUAAAGUAAUGACCCAAGUCACUAAGAACAUUGAUGAUGGAAGACUUAAAAUGAAGGCUCAUUGCCCUAUAGUUACAGAUUUUGGCAUGAAGGAGAAGGUCAUUAGAAUUCUCUUAUGCUAUAACCCGCUCUGGCUUAGGAUAGGGUUAUUCAUUAUUCUUGGGGGCGAUUCAUUGUUGCCUAAUGAAGAUGCUGAGUCUGAUCAAGAUGCUGCAUUCUUGAAACUGGUCAUCGAAAGGCAGUUCCUCUCACAUGGGGGUUUAGCCAAAGCAUAUGCUUAUAAUAAGAAGGUUGAAGGCUUAUACAGACCAGGUUAUUAUGAAUCUCUGGGGAAUGUCAUACUCAAAAGGUUUCUGCUUCUUGUUCUUAUAUUGGAUAGAGCUAAAUCCCAAAGCAGUCUUCCUCUCAAGUAUGGUAUUGAUGGAUUGGACGGAGGUUCUCCCUUAUUAUUUUCUCUUCAAUCUAGUAUCAAAUCAAGCCGUCAGGUGGUUAAUGAUUUCUUGUCAUCUGAUGUGAUGCAUGGAGAAGGUAAUCUUCUUGCACAUCUAGUGAUUGUAGGAUUCAAAGUAUCUUAUCAGCAGUGCCCCCUGAUUGAGUACGACUUCAGAUUAACUGAUGUGUUGGAGGAUCUCCAUGAUGGGGUGCGACUCUGUCGGGCUAUCCAGCUUUUAAAGCAAGACUCAUCAAUUCUAUUGAAACUGGUAGUUCCCACAGACACUCUGAAGAAAAAUGUAGCAAACUGUGGCAUUGCAUUGCAAUAUCUUAAGCAGUCUGGUGUGCCGCUAAAGGAUGAAGAUGGAAUGACAAUAGAAGCAGAUGAUGUUGCCUGUGGAGAUAAGGAACUUACCCUUUCUUUGCUCUGGAACAUGUUUCUUCACUUGCAGCUACCUCUUCUUAUUGAUAAAGAGGUUCUAGCGGAGGAGGUCUCCCGAGUUCGUGGAGUCUCUGUGGACAAAAUGAUCACCUAUGACUGCACUUUGCUGGACAUCAUCUUAAACUGGAUUCAGGCAAUUUGUGACAGUUAUGGUCUCAAGAUUGACAAUCUCAAUUCCUUGAUUGACGGAAAAGCCAUAUGGUGCUUGCUUGACUAUUACUUUCGCAAGGAACUUCAUCGCUCUUGUCCUUUAAAGGAUAACAAUGGAGCAAGAGGUGAAGAAUCAAUCAUGGCUGCUGCUGAUUAUACAGAUGCAGUGCACAAUUUCAUUUUAUCACAGAAAUUGACAGGUUUACUUGGAGAUUUUCCUGAGAUUCUGCAGAUAAGUGAUGUACUGGAGCAUCACGGCGCGCGUAAUAGUCGCAGUGUCGUUAUUUUGUUGGUGUUCCUUGCAUGUCAUUUGGUUAUGAAGAAGAAUAUGGAUCAUUUGAAUUUUCAUAAGCUCUUAAGUUGCACAUGUCAUGUGGAGAGAAGACACUCAAGCCAUCAACGGAGUUUUGUCAAUUCUAAUUUAGCAAAGGAAGAUGCAGAUGGGCUGAGCAAUGCAGCAUUAGAAGCAGCAAAGAGGUUCAAGGCCAUCCAGGCUUGGUGGCAAAGUAUGGCUGAGAAGGACUUCAAAAGCAUUUCAAAUCCACAAAAUUCUGCUCUUGAUGUCUUCCCAAUCAGCAAAUCAGAAAAUGAACCUAAAAGAGAUGAUGCCGCCUGUCUUAUCCAGUCCCACUACAGAGGAAUGAUAGAACGUCGCAAGUUUUUGAAGAUUAUGGAUGCAGUUUCUUUGCUGCAGAGUGCUACUCGGGCUUGGUUAGUUGUCAGGCAGAAAAUGCUGCUCACCAGAAGUUUUGUCAUUGAGGUGGAUGAAUUUCUAUGCGGUAGAGGGAAGAGUUCAGAAACAUAUGGGAGAUACUUGUUACUUAUUUUUACCAGGCAUAACUUAGUCAAGAUGAGAAGGUCGGUAUUGUUUAUCCAGCGAGCAGCAAGGAAAUGGAUCUCUCAGCGCAAAGAAAUGAGUUCAACAAUUAUUCGAACAAAUGCUGCAACUCAAAUUCAGCUUGCUUGGCGGAACGUUUGUCUCCGGAAUUCUCUCAAUAACAAGCACUGCGCUGCUAUAAAGAUCCAGUCUCAUGUUCGUGGUUGGUUCUUAAGAAGGGAGUACUUGAAUCAGAAACAAGCAGCACUUACAAUCGAUCGUAAUUUUCAACGCCUUAGAUGCUGGAGGUUGAAACAACGUGCGGAAGUCUCAAUUAAGUCAGCCAUCGUAAUCCAAUGUUAUGCUCGUAGAUGGAUUUGCCAAAGAUGGUACUCUAGAUGUCACCAGCUUAUUGUUCAAAUCCAGAGCCGAUGCCGUGGUUGGUUGAUAAGAAGAGACUUUUUAGCUCGGAGAGAGGCUGCUAUUAUAAUCCAGAGUUCUGCACGCCGUCUUAUAUGCUGGAAGGGUCUUUGUAACUGCAGAUAUGCUGCUAUAGACAUUCAAAGCUUUGUAAGGGGACAAAUGACACGGAAGAGGCUUAUAGGGCCUUUAAACUCUAGGACUGUCAACUUUAGCUCCACUUUAGAGACCACAAGUGGCUAUUCUCAGAAUUCCAAAAUCAAGAUUCCACUUUCCUCCAUUAUAAGACUGCAAAGAUGGUGGAGAAGUGUUCUCUUGCAAAGAUUGAGAAGUAAAUCAGCGACUGUCAUUCAGUCCUAUGCUCGGGGGUGGAUUGCAAAGCGGAAAGCCGCAAGAGAGUGGGAUCUUGUUGUUCUAAUCCAGUCAUACUGGAAAGGUCACCUUACACGAAAAGAGUCAAGGGCCCAGGUUGUGGACUUGCGCCUGAGAGUGCAGAAGGCAGCUGAAAAUGUGGAUGACAACAUGCGGAUCAUAAACAGACUUAAAGCAGCACUUUCUGAAUUGCUGAAUGUAAGAAGUGUCAGCAGCAUUCUGCAAACUUGUGCCACUUUAGACAUGGCAACUCGACAUUCUCAGAAGUGUUGUGAGAAACUUGUGGAGGCAGGAGCAAUUGACAAAUUGUUGAAACUCAUUCGCUCGAUGACCCGAAGUAUUCCUGACCAGGAGGUUCUAAAACAUGCUUUGUCUACACUCAGGAACCUUGCCCGCUACACAGAAUUGCUUGACGUGUUAAUUGGCAGUCAUGGAUCUAUCGAAACCAUUUUCUUUGAGAUGCUAAGGAACAAGGAGGAUGGAUUCUUUAUUGCUUCCGAGCUGCUGAAAAAGAUGUGUACUAGGGACAAGGGUGUGGAAGCUCUGCAUAAGUCACCUUCUUUGCUCAAGAGGCUUAAUGGUUUGGUUGAAGAACUUACAAGGAGAGUCCACACCGACAAAAGAUUUGGACGGGUCGUCGCUGCGAAAGAGAACACUGAAAGGAGGUUGAAAGAGGCAGCCGACCUUCUGAAGCUGAUGACUUGCUAGAUCCAGGGACAGGAUUCAUUGGUGUGAAUGGCUGUGCUUGCCGAUCUCAGUCAAAGUUGGAGGCAUAGGUGUGGUUCCGAUUGUUGCUCGUGAACUGCAACUGCAAUCUGCAAUUGCCUUUCGGCUUUGUUUGUCGCUUAUCAAUUCACUUCCUUGAAAAUGGCAUGACAUGAAAUUUACUUUUCCAAA